AUGUCCCGACGACCACCGUCUCUGGAAUCAAUAGGCUCUCGUGGCUCCGUGGGCUCUCCUAUUGACCCAAGGUUUAGGAAGAAGGUUGCCGUCGUCGGCAGUGGAGCCGCCGGUAUCGCGGCUCUCUGGGCUCUCAACCGAAGCUACCAUGACGUUUAUAUGUACGAGGCCUCAUCAAGGCUAGGAGGACACACAAAUACGGUGACUUGGAAGAACGGCAAAUAUGAGACUCGCGUCGACACCGGCUUUAUCGUCCUCAACACCGCCACAUAUCCAAACUUUAUCAACUUCUUGAAGAGGGUCAAGGUGGACACCGUCCCGACCGAGAUGACAUUUGGCGUCACUCGUGACCAUGGCUUAUUCGAAUGGGCUGGUAAAAGUCUAGAUUCCAUCUUCGCUCAGAGGAAAAACAUCUUCUCGCCGCGGAUGUGGAGGAUGAUCUUCGACAUCAUUCGUUUCAACCAAUUUGCACUGGACUUGUUGAUGGCGGAGGAUGAGAACGAUGCCGCUGCGAUGAACGGAUAUAGCAAAGGAGGCAAGAGAGAGGAAACGAUCGGCGAGUACCUCGAGAGAGAAGGCUACUCAGAUGCAUUCAGGGACGACUACCUAAUUCCUAUGACCGCCGCCGUAUGGAGCACAAGCCCGGAUAAGUGCACGUUGAACUUCCCAGCUGUCACUCUGGUUCGCUUCAUACCGGAGUGGCUCACAUUGAAAAAGUGCGGCAAAUCCUACAUUGAUGCUGUCAUGAGCGGAUUCCCGUCAAAUCACCUUUUCCUUAACACGCAGGUCACUCAAGUCACCAGCGAGGAGGACGGCAGAGUUCGUGUUCACACCCACAACGGCAAGUCCGACGUUUACGACCAUGUUAUCUUGGCGACGCACGGAGACCAGGCCUUGAGAAUUAUCGAGGGAUCAGCCACGCCUGAGGAGAAGGAGAUUCUUUCCGCUUUCCAAACUUCCGAGAACUCGGUCAUCCUCCAUUCCGAUAUUACACAUAUGCCAGCGUCUGAGAAGGCAUGGUCUAGUUGGAAUUACCUGACCCUAUCAUCGCCCUCCACUGGCAAGCAGAACAUCGACCAGGUUUCGUUGACCUACAACAUGAACAUCAUUCAGCAUAUCCCCAGGGAGACCUUCGGAGACGUCCUCGUCACGAUGAACCCCCUGCACCAGCCGAACCCAGACACGAUCCAGGCGUCAUUCACAUACCGUCAUCCUCUCUACACUCCUGCCGCCGUCCGAGCACAGAAGCUUCUUCCACGCAUCCAGAACAAGAGGGGUAUCAGUUACGCGGGGGCCUGGACAAAGUAUGGUUUCCAUGAGGAUGCCUUCAGCAGUGGACUACAUGCCGCACAGGACCACCUCUAUGCCAAACUCCCAUUCCAAUUUGUCGACUCUACGUAUAGCCGAGGGAGGAAACCGUCUUUGGGGCUUGCCGACUUGCUGGUACGACUCGUCAUCCUUUUGUUUCAGGUGUUUGUCAUUAGAGUACUGGAGAGAGCGGCAGGCGCAGCUGAGACUGCAAUUUACGGACGUCGAAAUGGGUGGAGGAGGUCUUUGAAGAGUGGCAAAGCUGCCUGA